AUAUAUACGUGGUUCUCCACCAUUGCUUCAGUCUUGCAGUUUAAGGUUCUAAGCUGUGCUCUCAUGAAGGCUAUUAUCAAGUACUUGGCAGGUCUUGCUGGCCCAAGUGGCUAUGGCUCAAAAUCUACAGCUGAGCAAGUUACUCGAGAUUGUUCUUCUUCUUCAACUUUUCUUCCUUCUUCUCAUCUUACGGCAAUAAUCACUGGGGCAACAUCAGGCAUAGGUGCUGAAACAGCAAGAGUGCUGGCAAAGAGAGGAGUAAGGAUAAUCAUCCCAGCAAGGAACUUAAAGAAGGCUGCUUUGGUAAAGGAAAAUAUACAAAAGGAGAGUCCAGAGGCUGAUAUAACCAUAUUGGAGAUAGAUCUCAGUACAUUUGCAUCCGUCAAGAGAUUUUGCACUGAGUUUCUGUCUCUAGGAUUGCCCCUUCAUAUCCUAAUAAACAAUGCUGGGAAAUUUUCACAGAAUUUGGAGUUCUCUGAGGAUAAAAUUGAGAUGACCUUUGCCACAAAUUACUUAGGCCAUUUUCUGUUGACAGAAAUGCUGCUUGAGAGAAUGGUUGAGACAGCUGCAGAAACUGGCAUUGAAGGAAGAAUAGUGAAUGUUUCUUCUGUGAUUCACAACUGGGUGAAAAGAGACGAUUUCUCCUUCUACCACAUGCUCAACCCACGCAACUAUAAUGGUACCCGUGCAUACGCGCAAUCUAAGUUGGCCAAUAUUUUGCAUGCCAGGGAAUUGGCAAGACAGCUAAAGGAAAGGAAAGCAAAUGUAACCAUCAAUGCAGUACAUCCAGGGAUUGUGAAGACUGGUAUUAUCAGGGAUCACAAAGGCUUUAUCACAGAAUCUCUAUAUUUUGUGGCAUCAAAGUUGCUAAAAUCCAUAGCACAGGGUGCAGCUACAACAUGUUAUGUGGCACUUAGCCCAAAAACAGAAGGCAUGAGUGGCAAAUACUUUUCAGACUGCAAUGAAAGUCACAGCUCAAACCUAGCCAAUGAUGAAGCUGAAGCACAUGAGCUGUGCAAAUUGACAAGAUCUUUAAUUAGCAGGCGAUUACAGCAACCAUUAGCCUAACCUCUAUUCUUUUCUUGAGGAAAAUAAGUACAUAUUAGUCAUGUAAAUAUGUACAUAUACAAUGUAUAUCCCUAGCAUAUAUACCCACACAAGUAUUGCAUCUA